AUGCACCAACCUACCAAACCAACGAAUCCAAUCGAAAAGUACUUCAGCGUGAUCAACCUUUAUCACUAUUAUUUCUUUUUCAUAUUAUUUUUGAGCAAAGUACCUGUGUUUUGGCAUUUCCUGAGCCUGAUUUUCUUAUCACCUCCUAUGGAUUUUUAUUGUAAUAACACAUUACUAAUUGCUGCUAACGAGAGCCACAAAAACUUCUGUCCAUGUGAAGACCCGUGGUGGGAUAAAAGUUUAUUUACAGAGACAGUUCAGACGAAAUUUGACUUGUAUUGUGAUAAAAAAUGGAUAGUUAGUUUUACUCAGAGCGUAUUGUAUACGGGAACCUUAAUUGGAUCUAUAUUUUUUGGGAUUCUGUCGGACAAAUACGGGCGUCGUUUUGCAUGCACUGCGGCCGUUGCUCUAUUAGCAAUAUCAGGGUGUUCAUUAAGUCUAAUGCCCAAUAUUACUUCUUUCAUCAUCAUGAGAUGCAUUGAAGGCAUUUCAGCUGGAGGUUACAUAGUUGCUGGCUUUGUGUUUGUUGUGGAACAUUGUGGGCCGAACAAUAGAGAAAUUGUUUCAGCUCUCUACCAUGUACCUUUCAAUCUUGGACACAUAAGUCUGGCAGGAGUAUCAUAUUUGUUAAGAAACUGUGACCAUUUUCAAAUAGCUAUUUCAAUUCCUGUGGCCGUUUUUGUCACAAUAAGAUGUUUGACAAUGGAAUCACCAAAAUGGUUAAUGGACCAAGGUCAGACUGAAAAAGCUGCGGUAGUUAUGGAAAAAAUUUCAAAAUUCAACAGAAAACCACAUGGAUCAUUCAAGGAAGAAAUUGAAGAAUAUACUGCAAAGCGUUCAGUUAGAUCCGGUCACAUGCAUUUCAUUGAAAUUUUCAAACACCGAAGACUCUUACUCAACCUCUGCUGUAUGUCUGCAAUUUAUUUUGUAUGCGGUAUAGGAUUCUACGGAGUAUCGCAGUACAUCGGUCAAAUGAGUCGUGAUAUUCACAAAAAUAUCGCAAUUUCUGGAAUCUUAUUAGUACCUGCAUCGAUUUCGGCAAUUUUUCUUUUAAAAAUAUUAUGUAGACGUACAUUAUUGAUGAUCACUACUUUCUUAUCUGGAGUGUUUAUGAUAACAGUUGUUUUCAUUCCAGCUCAUUUAACUUUGCUUAGAGUGAUUUUUGCCUGUAUAUGUGAUUGUUUCUUUUUCAUGGCUUUUAUAACUGCAUUUCUUUUCGGUGUCGAGCUAUUCCCAACCUCAGUCCGAUCAUCUGCUUUGGGUUUUUUGUCCUUAAUGUCUAGAUUUGGACAAAUUGUUGCCCCACCUUUAAAUUCACUACCAGAGUUUGUUACGGGAUUGACUUUUGGUAUUUUAGCUAUCUGCGGUGCUGCAUUAUGUUAUCCUUUGCCGGAAACUAAGAACAUUGAUUUACCGUCGUCUCUAGAGGACACUAAAACAUUAAAUAAGAAAAAUACUCUUGGUGAUCUGGAAAAACCAAUGGAUGGGCAAAGUACCGACAUUGAUAAACCAGAUACUAGUAAAAAAACUUAA